GACGUCGCCAUCAUUCAAUCAUUCGAUUUCGGAAGCACCAGCAGAUUGUGAAGAUAUAAGUAUUUUUCGCGUUGUGAUAAGCUGAAAAAUUGCUGUAAAUCGAACUGAAAGUUGCUAGUCUCAUCGUACAGUAUAUAGCGUGAAAAUAAACCGCGCGCUUGUCGGGAAUAACGAGCAAAUCUAGGAAGUGAAAAGUCUCGGCCUAUUUCUUAGGUGAGCACAUCAGAAAGAAGCAAGAGGAGACAAAGAUGGCUGCUCUGCCCCGUAGAAUAAUCAAGGAAACACAGCGCCUCAUGCAAGAACCCGUUCCGGGGAUAAGCGCUGUUCCAGACGAGCAAAAUGCUCGCUAUUUCCAUGUGAUUGUUUUCGGGCCGGAGGAUUCCCCAUUCGAGGGUGGACUUUUCAAGCUGGAACUGUUCCUGCCCGAAGAUUACCCAAUGUCAGCACCGAAAGUGCGUUUUAUCACUAAAAUCUACCAUCCGAACAUCGAUCGGCUGGGUCGUAUAUGUUUAGACAUUCUAAAGGACAAGUGGAGUCCAGCGCUGCAAAUUCGUACGGUGUUGCUGUCCAUCCAAGCCUUGCUAAGUGCCCCAAAUCCAGAUGAUCCACUUGCAAACGAUGUCGCCGAACUGUGGAAGGUUAACGAAGCGGAAGCAAUCCGAAAUGCUAAGGAAUGGACUCAACGGUACGCGAUUGUGGAUAACUAAAUCAUUGCUGAUAAACACUUACUAGACACGAGCGGGCGCGACGUUUUAUUAAAUUAAUUUUAUAAAUACAACAAAUCCACAUACGAGAAAAAAGUUUAUCCUGGAGAAUGAAAGCGCUAAUAAAUAUGCAGCUGAACGAGGGAAAAAAUCAAGAUGAUGCGGCAAUUUUUGAAAAAAAAAAAAAAAACUAAUUUCUGCAGCAGUUCUAUAACAAAAGUUCACCUAAUUACCUACCAACUACACAAAAAUCACCCUCAACAGAAGUCGCAUAAAAACAAUAGUUUCUGCAAUGAAUUAAUGAGAAAAGAGAAGAAAACAGCUGAAAAUCAGACAACAAAGAAAAAUACGCCGUGGACGGUCGCAGUCGUAGCGAAUAUCACCACAGCAAAUAGUAGAAGUAGCAGUGCAGCAAUAGUGUAGCGACAGCAGUACCCGUUCGCUUCUGAUUGAUUUUUUUGCUUUUCUUCGAGAACGUUCAGCAACUCCAACCGUAUCGGUAAUCGUAGGUAGUCUGAGUUCCGCAUAUCUCUCCACGGCCUCGUGUAAUCAAAGAAGGAACCGGUUCAACCUGCGUUCAGAUAUCGUUCAAGUUUAUGAUUUUCAACUUCUAUGCCCGCUGCAUUAUUCUAUAAUCGUAAUAAUAAAUUAUUUCAAUACAAAAGCAUAAAAAGCCGAAAAAAAUCGUAAAACAAUAAAAAUUUCUGCAGUAAACCAUACAAAA